UGGCCUCCUCAUAAGCAUGGUGCUCUUGGUCAGAAGGAACAUAAAUAUCUGUUUUGUUGGAUCUUUUUGUGAUGUUAGUAGCCAUUGACUGUUGCCUAGAUCCAUGAAUUCAUCGGAGGUUGUGAGAUAAGAUUCUAUUAUUUUUUCUUUUUGGUUGUUGUUGGAAUACUUCUGUACAGAGAAACUUCAUCUUGUUGACUAUUCAGUUACCCAGUGGUAUAGUUCAUAUAAGGAAGGCAAGAUUAAUUAUUGAUUCUUUUACUUACCACCAGAGAAGAGUUGUAGGGGGAGGGGAGAGCUAUUUCCCUGGCAUUCUCCAAUAGUGACCAAUUAGGGGUGUGUGCAUGUGUGUUUGGUAUCAUCAUGAACUCAUGGAUUUACACAUAUUCAACGGGUUCAGACUGUCCCAUCUUUAGCCAGAGUGAGCAUCUUCAAGUUAACUUGCAAGCCAUCUUGAUAACAUCCCUAGAUUUUGAGUUUGAGAUCUGAUGUAAUCAGCUAUUUGAGGCUCAUUUUACACCUUUCCUGACAGAAACUUGGAAUCUGCCAUUUCAAGAAGCCCUGGUUUCAGAGGAGGGAGGGUGCACAGUCUUAGCCCAGAGCUUCAAAACAGCCCGGCAGCCUCGCCUCGCACCCCAGCCGGUCCGUCGGUCCAGCAGCCUGAGCAGCGGCCAGCGCCGGCACAUCCCGCUCUGGGCUUUAAACGUGACCCCUCGCCUCGCCCUGCCCUAUGAAAAUUUUGGUGCUUCUUGCUUUCACCGUCGCCUUCCACAUCACCUCUGCAGCCUUGCUGUUCAUCGCCACCAUCGACAAUGCCUGGUGGGUAGGAGAUGAGUUUUUUGCAGAUGUCUGGAGAAUAUGUACCAAAAACACGAAUUGUACAGUAAUCAAUGACAGCUUUACAGAGUAUUCCAUGGGCCGGGUGAUCCAGGCCACCAUGGUCCUCUCCACCAUUCUCUGCUGCAUCGCCUUCUUCAUCUUCCACCUAAAGCAGGGAGAGAGGUUUGUCCUAACCUUCAUCAUCCAGCUAAUGUCAUACCUGUGCCUCAUGAUUGCAGCCUCCACUUAUACAGACAGGCGCGAUAAAACCACAGAUUUCUAUUACCUGACCAAAGAAGGCAGCUAUGGCUACUCCUACGUCCUGGCGUGGGUGGCCUUUGCCUUCACCUUCAUCAGCGGCAUGAUGUACCUGAUAACUGAAGAAGCCAAACAGAGUUCCAGAGCUGGGUUGCUUUUGCUGCAGUACAGAAUCCACAUUCAGAUAACGAAUUUGUAUAUAAUCAUUUUUUUUAGGUUUUUCUAGCAAAUGGUUUCC